AUGGUUCACCAUCAGGACCACUCGGUAGGCUCCUACCCUGCCGGUAUUGGUGAGGAGAUUGUCCGAACUCUAUCUGGAGAGUCACGACGAGAACGACAAAUGCAGGACAUCGAUGCCGACUCCAGGAGUGAGCACUUCGGCUCCGAUGAUGCGGAUGAUAAGUCCGAGGAGAAGGGCCACGAAGACCAUUCCAGAUGGCAUAUGGAGCAAGAAGUUCAAGAGAUUCGACGACGCGACGAAGUAGACGGAGGGAAACAAAGAAAGCUUGGUGUCACUUGGCAAAACCUUACUGUCAAGGGCAUCAGCAGCGACGCCACCUUCAACGAGAACGUGCUCUCACAAUUCAACCCCAUCGGCAAAAGCGACAAGAAUGUUCCCAUGAAGACCAUCGUCGACAACUCGCACGGUUGUGUCAAGCCCGGAGAGAUGUUGCUCGUGCUCGGACGCCCCGGCGCGGGAUGCACGACCUUGUUAAGCAUGCUUUCGAAUCGCAGGCUUGGCUACGCUGAGAUCUCCGGCGACGUUAAAUUCGGCACCAUGGACUACAAAGAAGCAAAGGCCUACCGUGGCCAAAUCGUCAUGAAUACUGAGGAGGAAAUUUUCUUCCCAACGCUGACGGUCGCCCAAACCAUGGACUUUGCCACCCGCAUGAAGGUUCCUUUCCACCUCCCGCCCGAGGUCAAGACUAAGGAAGAGUACGCCGCCAUCAACAGGGACUUCCUGAUGAGAUCCAUGGGCAUCUCGCACACUCACGACACGAAGGUCGGCAACGAAUUCGUCCGCGGUGUUUCCGGUGGUGAGAGGAAGCGUGUCUCCAUCAUUGAGUGUCUUGCAACCCGUGGCAGUGUUUUCUGCUGGGACAACUCGACGCGUGGUCUUGAUGCCAGCACGGCCCUCGAAUGGACGAAAGCUAUGCGCGCCAUGACCGACAUCCUCGGACUUACCACCAUUGUGACUCUCUACCAGGCAGGCAACGGUAUCUACAACCAGUUUGACAAGGUCCUCAUCCUUGAUGAGGGCAAGCAGAUUUACUACGGCCCGCAGAAGGAAGCUGUCCCUUUCAUGGAGGAGCUGGGCUUCGUCUGCGACCCCUCUGCCAACCAGGCCGAUUUCCUGACCGGUGUCACCGUCCCCACUGAGCGCCGCAUUGCGCCUGGUUACGAGAACAGAUUCCCGCGAAACGCCGAUGAAGUCCGUGCUGCCUACGAACGUUCGCCCAUUAAACCGAAGAUGAUCGCCGAAUACAACUACCCAGAGACUGAGGACGCCAAGCAGAAUACGGUUGACUUCCAGGAGAUGACGGCCCGGGACAAGCACAAGAGCUUGAGCAAGAGCUCACCCUUGACCACUGGUUUCCUCACUCAAGUCAAAGCCUGCGUCAUCCGUCAAUACCAGAUCCUAUGGGGUGACAAGGCAACCUUCAUCUUGAAGCAAGUCUCGACCCUCUUGCAGGCCUUGAUCGCUGGUUCCCUCUUCUACGACGCCCCCGGUAACUCGGCCGGCCUUUUCGUCAAAGGCGGUGCUCUGUUCUUCUCUCUCCUGUACAACUCUUUGCUCGCCAUGUCGGAAGUCACGGAUUCGUUCUCUGGCAGACCGGUUCUGGCCAAGCAUCGCUCAUUUGCUCUGUACCACCCAGCGGCCUUCUGUAUCGCGCAGAUCGCAGCCGAUAUCCCAGUAUUGCUCUUCCAGAUCACGCACUUUGGCAUUGUCGUCUACUUUAUGGUUGGCCUGAAGUCGACAGCUGAUGCCUUCUUUACCUACUGGAUCCUUAACUUUGCGGUUACGAUGGCGAUGACAGCGCUCUUCCGGCUGAUCGGCGCUGCUUUCCCCAAUUUCGAUGCUGCCUCAAAGGUGUCUGGCUUCCUCAUCUCGGCGCUUAUCAUGUACACUGGCUACAUGAUCAGCAAGCCCAACAUGCAUCCAUGGUUCGUCUGGAUCUUCUGGAUUGACCCUCUCGCAUACGGAUUCGAGGCCCUCCUGGCAAACGAAUUCCACGGCCAGAUCAUUCCAUGCGUUGGUGUCAACAUCGUACCUGGAGGACCUGGAUACGGUACCGGUGAAGGCGGCCAGGCCUGCGCCGGCGUUGGUGGUGCCGCGGUUGGUGCCACCAGCGUCACUGGUGACGACUACCUCGCGUCUCUUUCCUACAGCCACAGCCAUGUCUGGCGCAACUUUGGCAUUACCUGGGCCUGGUGGGUCUUGUUCGCUGGCCUGACCAUUUUCUUCACCACAAAGUGGAAGCAGAUGGGUGAGGGUGGCCGCAGUCUGCUCAUUCCUCGCGAGCAGCAGCACAUGGUCAAGCACCUGCAGCCCCAGGACGAGGAGUCGCAGGCUACCGAGAAGCCUGCUGGCCAAUCUAGUUCCGACAACUCUGACAACACCCUCAACAACCAACUCAUCCGCAACACCAGCAUCUUCACAUGGAAGAACUUGACCUACACCGUCAAGACUCCUUCUGGCGAUCGCGUGCUCCUCGAUAACGUCCAAGGCUAUGUGAAGCCGGGUAUGCUUGGUGCCUUGAUGGGUUCAUCGGGUGCUGGUAAGACCACUCUUCUGGAUGUCCUCGCACAGCGCAAGACCGACGGCACGAUCCACGGAUCCAUCAUGGUCGAUGGCCGUCCUCUCCCUGUCUCCUUCCAGAGGUCCGCUGGAUACGUCGAGCAGCUCGAUGUCCACGAGUCUCUUGCCACCGUCCGUGAAGCCCUUGAAUUCUCCGCCCUGCUCCGCCAGUCUCGCGAGACCCCGCGUGAGGAGAAGCUCCGCUAUGUGGACACCAUCAUCGACCUCCUCGAGCUCCACGAUCUUGAGCACACCCUUAUUGGUCGCCCCGGUGCCGGUCUGUCCGUGGAACAACGUAAGCGCCUGACCAUCGGCGUCGAGCUCGUCUCUAAGCCUAGCAUUUUGAUCUUCCUUGACGAACCCACCUCCGGUCUCGAUGGCCAAGCCGCGUACAACACCGUCCGUUUCCUGCGCAAGCUGGCCGAGGUUGGCCAAGCCGUCCUGGUCACCAUUCACCAACCGUCCGCCCAACUCUUCGCUCAGUUCGACACGCUGCUUCUCUUGGCGAAGGGUGGCAAGACCGUUUACUUCGGCGACAUCGGUGACAACGCUGCCACUAUCAAGGAGUACUUUGGCCGCUACGGUGCGCCCUGCCCGCCUGAAGCCAACCCUGCCGAACACAUGAUCGACGUGGUAUCUGGUCAGCUCUCACAAGGUCGCGAUUGGAACAAGGUAUGGCUGGAGUCGCCCGAGCACGAGAAGGUGACGAAGGAACUGGACGCUAUGAUCUCCGAAGCCGCUUCCAAGCCUCCGGGUACCGUCGAUGACGGACACGAGUUCGCGGCUCCCAUGUGGGAGCAGGUUAAGCUGGUCACGCACAGGAUGAACGUCUCUCUGUACCGCAACACCGACUAUGUCAACAACAAGUUCGCGCUGCACAUCGGCUCAGCUCUUUUCAACGGCUUCUCUUUCUGGAUGAUCGGCGACAGCGUCGGCGACCUGCAGCUCAAGCUCUUCAGCGUCUUCAACUUCAUCUUCGUCGCUCCUGGUGUCAUCGCACAGUUGCAGCCGCUCUUCAUCGACCGUCGCGACAUCUACGAGACGCGUGAGAAGAAGAGCAAGAUGUACCACUGGGGACCCUUCGUCACCGGCCUCAUCGUCUCUGAGAUCCCGUACCUGAUCAUCUGCGCUGUCCUCUACUUCGUCUGCUGGUACUACACCUGCGGCUUCCCGACCGCGUCCAAAUACGCCGGCAGCACCUUCUUCGUCAUGCUCAUGUACGAGUUCGUGUACACUGGUAUCGGUCAGAUGAUUGCCGCGUACGCUCCCAACGCCGUCUUCGCAUCCCUGGCCAACCCCGUUGUCAUCGGUACUCUUGUGUCCUUCUGCGGUGUCAUGGUGCCAUACGACCAGAUCCAGGAAUUCUGGAAAUACUGGAUGUACUGGCUUAACCCAUUCAACUACCUCAUGGGCUCGCUGCUCACCUUCACCACCUGGGAGGCCGACGUGACGUGCUCGAAGUCCGAGUUCGCCGUCUUCGAUCCCCCGGCCAACCAGACGUGCCAGCAAUACCUCGGCGCAUACCAGCAGGGCAUGGGCUCCGCAUCGCACCUCGUCAACCCGGAUGCUACAUCCGGCUGCCAGGUGUGCCAGUACCGCAGCGGUUCGGACUAUCUGGGCACGCUGAACAUCAAGGACUACUACUACGGCUGGAGAGACUCGGCCAUUGUCGUCAUCUUCGCCAUCAGCAGUUACGCGCUUGUGUACCUGUUGAUGAAGUUGAGGACGAAGGCGACCAAGAAGGCAGAGUAG